AAACAAAAUUUAUCCCCUCUGCUAUUAUCCUGAGUGUAACAACCUCUGAGGGAUGUUUUUUUUAAAUGAUAAUGUCCAGACUGCAAAUGGGUAUGGUUAAUUUUUCUUAAUAGCCAUAGCUCAGAUGCAUUAGCCAAACUGCGGUCGCCGGAAGAUGCAAUUUCAGCGAGAAUUCGGCUGAGGACUUGAUAAAACCCACACUUGUCUAUUAAUAAGCAAUUUAAGACUUCUUAAACUACUUGGUAUUUUAGCCGAAAGAAUGCAUCUUAGAGUCCGCCAAGUGUGCGAUAAGCAUGCACGUGUCCUCAUGCAGAGGACACGUAAGACUCGUCACCUUCCUCGUUAGUCGUUAUAUAUACAGAUCAACACUCGAUCACCAAUGGCAUUGACUCACUGACUCUUAUCGAUAAAAUUCUGUGUGAAAGCUUCAGUUAUGCCUUGUUCGCUCUUGUCAUUCGUUCUGUUGCUUUCCCUUUGUUGCUCUCUUCGUGGGGAGAGCUUCAGGAGGGAGGAGGAGGGAUAUGAUUAUUCCGGUGGGAUGAGACCCUGUAUGGUGAAGAAGGAAAACAGGAAGUCUUUAAUGGUGACUGAAUAUGGAGAGAUCUCAGCCGUUGAUAUCUCUAGUGGAACAAGAGGGCCUUACCAUCUUCAGUUUAUGACAUUGGAGCCUAACUCAUUGUUUCUUCCUGUUCUUCUUCACGCUGACAUGGUCUUUUAUGUGAAAACAGGGAGUGGGAAAUUGAGUUGGGCUGAUGAUGAAAGAGAAAUAAAGAGGAUGAAUAUAAAGAGAGGAGAUGUGUAUAGGCUGCAUGCUGGCUCAAUUUUCUUUGUGCAGAGUAGCUUGGAGCCAGAAAGAGAGAAGCUGAGGAUUUAUGCCAUCUUUUCAAAUACAGAAGAAGAUGUCCUUGAGCCAUCCAUUGGAGCAUACUCCAACAUCAGAGAUUUGGUCCUUGGCUUUGAUAAGAAACUCCUCCAAUCGGCUUUCAAGGUUCCUGAUGAUGUAAUAGAAGAAAUGACAAGUGCAAUAAGGCCUCCAGGCAUAGUGCACGCAGUGCCAGAGAAGAAAUCAAUGUUCUUGGAACUGGAAGCUAGAUUUAUAGAAGCUCUCGCUGGCGACAAAGAUGGUUCAUUCUAUUCCAUCAAUGGUCGGAAGAAGAAAACCAAGAUAUUCAACAUUUUAGAAGCUGACCGAGAUGUUGAGAACUGUAACGGAUGGAGUGUGACUGUAGGUAGAGGAGACUUGAAAUCUUUACGGGGUUCCAAUAUUGGAAUUUUCAUGGUGAACUUGACAAAGGGAUCGAUGAUGGGGCCACAUUGGAACCCAAUGGCUACUGAGAUAGCAAUAGUGUUGCAUGGACGAGGGAUGGUGAGGGUGGUUUGUUCAAGCAAUUUAAAUCAAACAGAUUGCAAAAACAUGAGGUUCAGUGUUGAGGAAGGAGAUGUUUUUGCUGUACCCAGAUUCCAUCCUAUGGCUCAAAUGUCUUUCAACAAUGAUUCGUUUGUUUUUAUGGGUUUUAGCACGUCGACCAGGAAAAAUUACCCUCAAUUUCUAGCUGGGAAAAGCUCAGUUCUUCAAACUUUGAACAAAGAAAUCUUGGCUUUGUCUUUUAAUGUCACGAACACUACUAUUGAUGGGCUCUUGACUCCUCAGAAGGAUGCAAUUAUUUUGGAUUGUACUUCUUGUGCCGAGGAAGAGGAGACCAAAAUGGAGGAAGAAAUGGAACGAGAAAAGCAGGAAGAGGAAGCUAGGGAGAGAGAGGAAGAAAGGAAGAGGGAAGAGGAGGAAAGAAAGAGAGAAGAGGAGGAAGAACGGAAGAGGCAAGAGGAGGAAGAAAGGAAGAGGAGAGAAGAGGAGGAAAGGAAGAGGCAAGAGGAGGAAGAAAGGAAGAGGGAGGAAGAGGAAGAGAGGCAACGGGAAGAAGAGAAAAGAAGAGAAGAGGAAGAAGCAAAGAGAGAGGAAGAGGAGGCAAGGAAACAGAAAGAAGAAGAAGAGAGGAGGAGAAAAGAAGAGGAAAGGGAGAGAGAACAAGAAGAAGCAGAAAGAAGGCAAAGAGAGGAAAAGCAAAGACGAGAAGAAGCAGCAAGAAGGGAGGAAGAAGAAGCCAUAAGAGAAGAAACAGAAAGGCAAAUGGAACAAGAGGAAGAAGCAGCUAAGAAGGAGAAGGAAAGAGAAAAACAAGGUGAUGAGAGCCAAUCUGAAGAGAAGAAAUACAGAGGAGAAGAAGAAGAAAGCCGAGGAAGAAAAGUUGCAAGAAAAGUGUGGAAACUGUAAAGGGUGAGGCUGUAGGCUGUAGAUGUGCCAAUAAGAGAUCCUUCUAAGCUUAUGCAGUAUGCUCUGUUUUCCAUCUUUGUAUUCCUUAAUAAGCUCUGCGAUCCAUGUUUGGAGAUUGGACAUCAUCAUGUGCACAGCCCUGUAAUGAGUUUAGAUCGUUUUUCAUUUGCUCGAGUUUGGAGAUGUAAAAUAAAAUUUGAAAUCCAAGUUCGUUUCUGCCUUCAUAACA